ACCCAACCCGCAGGAUCGCGCGCCGUGACAACGACAGCUUGACCUCUCCACACACGCGCUCAGUCUCUCUCCACCCAGGCACGCCGGAAACGACACGCUGCUUAGAGAACCACCUCCCAGCGCCAUCAUGUCCGAGUCAAAGUCUUCCGCCUCCCCCAUGGCAACCCUCACCACCUUCCUCGCCCUCUACCUCACCACCCUCUUCUCCCUCGACACCUGGACCGCCGCGCGCAACAGCCCCUACCGCGCGCCCAGCGCCACGUCCUUCUACCGCCCCGCCGGCGCGCAGUCAGAGUACCAGGCGGGCAUGCAUGGGCAGGGGCGCAGAGGGCCUGCGGGUCGCGGAAGUGGUGGGGGACGGCAGGGACGACUGCCCGCGACGCUGGAUACGCGGGCGCCGUUGAGGGCGGGGAGCACGGCACAGUGUGGGGCUUGUGCUAUGUAGGUGGGGUGAUGGGUGCGAGGACUCCGAGGGGAGGGGUGUACAUGGGGUGUGCGCUGUGGGUUGAGGGGUGGCGCGGUGUGUUGGGGGCUGGGGGUGUGCGAAUAGGUUGGCAUAGUGGCGCAGGGUUGUAUAUGGCAUUUGCAGACCAACGCUCCAAAGCCUACGCACAAGCCGUCGGUGUACGACCGAGCUUGGGGUGGCACAGCGUACCAUGCUCAGGCUUUUGUGUUGCCCUACACUGACUUUGUGCACGUGGCCGCCCAUCGCAAGUGGCUGUUGACUGUCCAAUUGUGGU